AUGACUACCCUUGUUGAAGCAAUACAGAAAAAGCACGAAAAGCUCACAGAGAGCCACAUUUUUGUCGGACACAUUCAAAAAGCAUGUAACCGUUCAGGAGAAAAUAUUUUGUUCCCUGCAUGGACCUUAACAAUGGAUUGUGAGAAUAUAGAUAAGAUUGGUCGCAGGGACGAAUUACUCAAAGAGGCUGAACACGUAAGAGAAUUGGAUCUGGCUGGUAACCUGUUGUCUUCAUUUGAAGAGGUAUUUAAACUUCUCUGUUGGCUUAAACACCUUGAAUCCUUGAAUUUAAGUCAAAAUCCUUUGGGUCCUCAUUCUUCUAAUCAUCAGUCAUCAAAUUCUUCUUUUGACGAGGAUGCCGUUGGUCUAUCUCUUGAAGAAAAUAUCCAACCCGUCAAUUCAGAAUGUAUUCAUGGACUCAAUUCUAUUUGCUGUGAGAAAUCAUCUGAACUGAACAACAAUAAUAUCACUAAUAAUAACAGUAAUAAUGUACUUCGAUUAAAACAGAAUGAAAAUCAUUUUUCAUCCGUUUUUCAAAAUGACUCUUUAAGUGAUGCAUUGCGGAAAUUGAAGUCAUCUAAUUAUCGAAAUGGUGAUUAUUCCAAACAAACAACAGAAAAUGAAUCACCUUCUAUGAAAGUACUAUUAAAACAUUUAGCAACCCCAUCUGAAAUUGCUUUAAACUCUGGAAUUAUAUCAUCAUCAACAUUAUUCCCUCGACUUAGUGUAUUAGCUUUAAAUUCUACUUUUAUACCAUGGGAUUGGGUUCUUGAUCUAUUGAGUCGUUUACCAAACCUAACUGAUUUACAUGUGGCACGUAACAAUUAUGGAGCUGACGAGAAUAAUUCAAACGAUUCUGGAAAUUCAUCUAUUAAUAAUGAUGAUAAUGAACCACUGCCUGUCUUUCCACAUUUACAAAGUUUAUAUUACAGUGAUAAUGGUAUAUCGAAUUGGUUGACUAUUUGUCGCCUAUGCAGACAUUUUCCUGGCUUAGAACAACUUAUCCUAUUAGGCAAUCCAAUUGAAUAUAUACCUGUUCCUGAGAAGGCAAAUCAAUCUAUGAAUGCUGUUACUACGGUUACUACACCUAGUGAAGAAAUCUCUGAAGACAAACAAGAAUUAUCAACAAAUAAUAAUAAUCCCUAUCAUGAUCAAUGCCUGUUUGAAAAUGUACAUACAUUAGGUUUAUCAGAGACAUUAAUUAGUCAGUGGGAAAGUAUUGAUGCUCUAGAUGAAUGGAUGCCUAAUUUAAAGAAUUUACGUUUAGGAAACACGCUACCAGUUUUUCAAUCUUGGAUGGAACCUGAUUGUCGUGCACAUGUUAUCGCACGCUUACCAAAACUUACAACCUAUAAUCGAAGUGUAAUUGACUCAGAAGAACGUGAAAGUGCUGAACGUGAAUUUGUAAGAUAUUAUGGACAAAUUGAUCCAGAUCAACGUCCUAAUCGUUACUGGGAUUUAGAACGUCAGCAUGGUCGACUUGAACCAUUGGCUAAUAUUGAUUUAUCUCCGAAACAAUAUAUACGUGUGCGUGUUUCUAUGUGUGGAAAAGAAGUGUGGUAUAAUUUAAAUGUCAAUUUAAAGGUGUGUCAGGCAAAACGCCAUUUCUCCAAUCUAUUUAAUAUCCCACAAACUGAAUGUAGACGUUUUAAGUUAUUCUAUUUUGAUCAAGUGAUGUCACAGAUUCAAGGUCCAGAAGAAUUAAAAUAUCCAAAUCGUAAUCUCUACUCAUAUCAAUUAGAACCAGGUGAUUUAUUCGAACUAGUACGAUCUCCUGAUUAUUCAAAACGUUAG